AUGGCCGGGCGGGGAUCCAGCCCGGAGCCGCGCCGGGACACCCACAGCCGCCGGUACCUGGCCGGACCGGGCUGGACCAGCACCGUGUGCGGCCGUGCCCCGCCGGCUUCCCCGGAACCGGGAGCGGCCGUCCCGCUCCCCCAGCGUUCGGCCCCUGCCGGAGAGGCGAGCCCAGGUUUAGGCAGCGGCUCUUUGAUUUCAGAAAAGGGAAAUGAAAUGCAGGACGGGCAAGGGCGAAGGCAGGGGCUGAGCCGCGGCGGGGAGCAGGGCAGCCUCCUGCCGCUGGGUGGGCCGGCCGCGGGGGUGACGCUGCUGUCCCCUCUAUCUCUGCCCGCAGGUCUGCUGGAGAUCCGCGCCGUGGCCGUGCGCACCGUGGCCAUCAAGGGCGUGCAGAGCUCCCGGUACCUGUGCAUGGACGAGGCGGGGCGGCUGCACGGACAGCUCAGGUAUUCUACUGAAGACUGUUCCUUUGAGGAGGAGAUUCGCCCAGAUGGCUACAACGUGUAUAAAUCCAAAAAACACGGAAUAUCGGUGUCUUUGAGCAGUGCCAAACAAAGACAGCAGUUCAAGGGAAAAGAUUUCCUUCCCCUGUCUCACUUCUUGCCCAUGAUCAACACUGUGCCCGUGGAGUCAGCAGACUUUGGUGAAUACGGUGAUUACAGCCAGGCCUUUGAGCCAGAGGUGUUCUCCUCGCCCCUGGAGACAGACAGCAUGGACCCCUUUGGCAUCGCCUCUAAACUGUCCCCAGUGAAGAGCCCCAGCUUCCAGAAGUGACUGUGCUCCCACACGUUUAUACAGAAACAUUGCAGAGUAUUGCAGAGUUUUAGCUUUUUUGUAGUGAUAUUUGGGAACUUUUUUGUGUGUUUGAGUAAGAAGCUAGCCUCGUCCUUGUUGUACCUGUAAGAAAUAAGUGACAAGAGGCUGUUCUAUAGUCUAAAGAAUUGCCAAUCCAUAGUUUUGUUUGGAAAAGGAGGAUUAAAUGCGAAAAGUUUAGAGCUUUAUCAGAAUUCCUCCAUAGGUGGUGAUAAAAUAACUAUAAUUUUUGUACACCAGCUUCACUUCCACAUAUUACCACCUGUUAUAUCUGCUCAUAUGAGCAAAAGCAGAAAACUUUUUCCUCUUCAGAGACCUCAGACUCAAACAUUUGGACCAAAACUAGAUGAAGGAAAACAUCAUACCAGAUGUAACUUGAGUUAAUGCUGCUUCUUAAAAGGCUGCAAACAACAUUCUGGGGAAAACUUUCUAUUGAAAGCAUACUACUGAAAAAACAAAUCUGCUUGUAUAUUGUGAUUUUUCUUCCCUUAUAAAAUACAGAAAGAAGUGAAAGAUUUCUCCCUUCCCUUACUGCUAAAAAGGUCUUUGGGAAACUUGAUCGUUGAUUUCUUUUGCAGGCUAAAUUACAUUCUCUGUGGCAUCAGAAUCAUCCAGCAGAGAGUUCUCAUCAAAAUCAGUGAGAAUUCUGUGUGUGGUUGGAAGAGUGAAAGAGCUAGAAUUGAUGUUCGUCAAAUAGGGAAUGAGCAGCUCAAAUGAAUGUUUAAAUGAAGAUUCUGUUGUAUAUAAGCAUGUAUAUGUCAUUAGCAAACAAAGAAAAACACUAAGAAUGGAUGUAUAGGUCAAAUCAGUUGUAAAAUAGGUUUUUGUGUUUAACCUUUAACCACCAGGAAUUCUUUCAAGUCACUUCCAGGCUUGAUUCAGCAUCCAUGGGAAUCAGUGGAGAGAUGGUUUAGUGAGUUAAAAGCUGCAGAACUGAGUUAGGAUUCUCCUGGCAGGAAGGGAUUGUGAGUAACUCUGGUCAAAGCACCUGAUGUCUUCAAGGUCUGUUCUCCCUUUGAGAAGAUUCAAAGAAGGAAUAAGCAAGGUGAAGCCAAAGGAAAAAAAAUACAAAAAAAAGGAUGGUUUAGGGAUUCUACUUGUUUCCAAAAGUUCAUUUAUAACAGAGAUUUCGGUACAAAAGAAAAAUAAGCUCUACUGGAAAUACUGGUGUUCUUCUAACCUAGCACUUCAUUACCAAUGCAAUAUUUAUAAUUAAUUUAUUGAAUACAUACAUCUGUUUAUUUUGUUACUGUUAUUUAUGCUCAAAAUUCUAUUUAUAUAGUCCUGAAGGUGGGUUUUUUUAGUUGUAACAAAUCUUGUGAGGUUUUGUAAUCAAUGAAAUUUCAGCCAACGAUAGCUUUUUACAUUUCUGUGCAUUAACAGUACUGCAAUGUGUACAUUUGCAAUAAAACAGAAAAUCAUCUUCAAUUCUGAAAUCUGCUUGACUCUCUUGUCUCUCCCUAAGUACCAUAUCCACACAUCUUCUAAAUACCUCCAGAGCUGGUGACUCAACCACUUCCCUGGGCAGCUUCAUGACAAAAAAGAUCCCGUGGGUAGAAGGCUACUCCCAUUUAAAAAUGGGAACCAUUCUAACUGGUGCUGCCAGGGAGAAAAGUGGUGAGUUUUGCCUGAAAAAGAUGUCAGUUUCUGUCAGGAAAAGAGCCUGAAUGUUUCCACUUGGAAAUGCUGUGAGUCACAGGAACAGAUUUCUUGGCUGGCAAACUUUUCCCAUGGUGUUUUCCCAUUCUCUUUUGUGCUGAGCCACUGCCACACAACCGGGGGGUUCGACUCCUCUUGUGCUGGUAGAGGCAGUUCUGAUUUUCAGGUUGUUUUAUUCCAAAACUUUUCAGA